CGUGUAUGGAGAAUUAAAGGUUGGAAUAAGUUGAAAAUAAAAAUUUAGGUAUUUAAGUUUAAAAAUGGGAAGACCGGGAUUUUCACCAAGUGGAGGUGGUGGAUUUAGAGGUGGUAGAGGAGGUGGAGGAAGAGGAGGUGGUGGUCGAGGAGGUGGUGGAGGAACUGGAGGAAGAGGAGGUGGUGGUCGAGGAGGUAGUGGUGGAAGAGGUGGUGGAAGAGGUGGAGGCACUCCACGUGGACGUGGUGGAAGUAGAGGAGGAAGAGGAGGACGUGGUGGAGGUGGUUUCAGAGGUGGCAAAACUGUUAUCAUAGAACCACAUCGCCAUGAAGGAGUUUUUAUAGCUAGAGGGAAGGAAGAUGCUUUAGUUACUUUAAAUUUAGUACCAGGUUCAGAAGUAUAUGGUGAGAAGAGGAUAAGUGUGGAGGGAGAAAAUACUGGUGAAAAAAUUGAAUACAGAGUUUGGAACCCUUUCAGAUCAAAAUUAGCUGCAGCUAUAUUAGGAGGUGUAGAUCAAAUUCAUAUGCAUCCUGGAAGCAAAGUUUUAUAUUUAGGUGCUGCAUCUGGAACUACAGUGUCACAUGUAGCAGAUGUUGUUGGCCCAGAAGGACUAGUGUAUGCUGUUGAAUUUUCCCAUAGGUCUGGUAGAGAUCUUAUAAAUGUUGCCAAAAAACGGACAAAUAUUAUUCCCAUAAUUGAAGAUGCAAGGCAUCCUCACAAAUACAGAAUGCUUGUUGGAAUGGUGGAUACAAUAUUUGCCGACGUGGCACAACCUGAUCAAGCUAGAAUAGUAACUUUAAAUGCUCAAUAUUUCUUGAAAAAUGGAGGCCAUUUUGUUAUUUCUAUUAAGGCAAGUUGUAUAGAUUCCACAGCCCAACCUGAAGCAGUAUUUGCCGCAGAAGUAAAGAAACUGAUUGCUGAUAAAAUGAAACCACAAGAACAAAUUACAUUGGAGCCAUAUGAAAGAGAUCACGCUGUUGUUGUUGGUGUUUUUAGGCCGCCACCUAAAAAGGCUACUUAAAAUUUUAUAUAUAUAUAUGUAUGCUCUGCAUAAUUAUUAACAUUAAAUCAUAACUGACCAUGAUCCUUAGAAUGUAUGCAAUAUGUUGUAAUUGCGAAUGA